AUGGCUAAUGCCAAUAACUUCCCUACUGAUAUCACCAUUAAUAUACUCCUAAAUCUUCCUAGGAAAUCACUUGUAAGGUUCAAAUCCGCUUGCAAAUCAUGGCAUUCUCUGAUUGAAGAUGAUCAAUUCACGAAGCACUAUUAUUACCUGAACCAAAUCAUGAAGGCCUUGAAAACGGAACGAGACUACUCGAUUGACGACACGAUUAUUGAUCCUCCUUCCCUAAUCAGUCAUCAAUUGACCAUAAAAUUCAUCAAUUCUAACAUUAAUGGAGUUUUUCUUCUAGUUGUACCAUUGCCUGACAAAAUCCUUUUCUGGAACCCGGAGAACCUCAGUGAAUCAGCAUCAAUCUCCCGGGGUCCAAAUACAACACCGUUUUCUCUAGGAGAACGAAUUUAUCUCGCUAAAUUUGCGUUACCUUUCAGAGCUAAACCUUCUAAUCCUUCUUGGAAUAAGAUAGACUAUCUGGAAGUUUCCAGUAUGAAUAAGAAGAAUGAGUCGUGGAAAAAAAUGUUAAGAGUCGAAGAACCAGGUUCUGUUUUUCUAAAAAAGGGUAAAGGUAAUACUAAAGAUUUUUUGUUUUUCAGGAGCGAUAAAAAUGGAUUUGUGGUGAUUUAUGAUUCGAAGACUCGAGAAUUGAAUGAAUUUGGUGAUGAAAUAAUCAAAUCCAAACGGAAAUUGAAAGAAUUCGGAAUUGCUGGGACUCAAGUUUCACUUUUGAUUGAUCGAACAUAUGCAGAGGCUUUAAUUUCUUCUUAUGAUACUCUGUAUUAG